CACAGGCUGAAAUCAUUUGUGCUCGCUCCAGUUGCAGUAUCUACCUUUAACCUCUUUAACCUCAACAUGACCAGCAACUAUUACAACCCGAACAUGACAGGCAGCUACUACAACCCAAACAUGACCGGCUAUUUAGGACAUACCAUACAUAAUAACCAAGAGCUGAGGAUAGUGUUGGUGGGGAAGACUGGAAUUGGGAAGAGCGCCACAGGAAACACCAUUCUGGGGCAACCCUGCUUUGACUCCAAGUUCAGUCCGAUGUCUUUGACCGUGAACUGUUUCAAGAGCAAAGCUGUGGUGGACGGGCAACUGGUUGCUGUUAUCGACACCCCGGGCCUGUUUGACACCAGAUUUGGUAUGGAUAAAACAACUAAAGAUAUUUGCCAGUGCAUCACUUACGCUGCUCCUGGACCCCAUGUGUUCCUGGUGGUCAUUAAACUGGGCCGAUACACCGACGAGGAGAAGCAGACGGUGCAAAGGAUUCAAGAAAUCUUCGGCCAGGCUGCAGACAGAUACAGCAUGGUUCUCUUCACUCAUGGUGACCUCCUUGAAGGAAAUCCAAUUGAGGCAUUCUUGGCUGAAAGCCCAGACCUGCAGGAACUCGUGGCCAGAUGUAAUGGCCAGUACCACGUCUUCAACAAUAAGAACAAAGAUCGUUCUCAGGUUACUGUGCUGCUCCAGAAGAUCAGAAACAUAGCCCAGAAGAACGGAGGAAGCCACUACACCAACGAGAUGUUCCAAGAAGCUGAGAGGAAAAUCCAAGAGGAGAAACAACGCAUCCUGAGAGAGAAAGAAGAGCAAAAUCGCAGAGAAAGAGAGGAAAUGGAGAGGAAACUAAUAGAACAAUAUGAAAAACAAAUGAAGAAAAUGAAUGAUCAGAUGCAGGCUGAGAGGGAGAGGGAGAGAAGAGAGAGAGAAGAGGAGAGGAAGAGGGAGAGAGAGGAGAUGACCGAGGAGAGGAGGAGGGAGAGAGAGGAGAGAAACGCAGAGAGACAGAGAGAGAGAGAGGAGAAAGAAAGGGAGAUGACAAACAUGAUGAACCAAAUGAAGGAGCAGCAUGACAGACAACUGAAUGAGGAAAGAGAAAGGAUGCAGGCAAAGCAGGAUAAUGAGGCCAGAGUCGAAGCUGAGGGGAAUAAUCCUUUAUAUCAUGUGAUAAAAGCUGCUGAAAUGGUCGUUGCAGGAGUUAAAGAAUUUGGAAAGGCACUUGGGAAGUUUUUCAGACUUUGAGUAGCUCAGGCAGUUUAGGAACCCUCAAGACUCUCCCAUAAACAGUGCGCUUUAAAAUAAAUAUAUGAAAAUAUGUGUCAUCUGCAGAUCUAUAAUCACACUUUACUGUAUUUGUUCAAGUAGAGCUAUAUUCUGAAGGUUAGUGAGGCUUAGUCGCUCAUCAUAUUAGACUCUCAGGUUGCCAUGUAGCGUUCUUUUUGUAUGCUUUUUUGAAUAUAACCGAAGGGGAAAUUCAGUGUUUCUAUUUUACAGUAUGGAUUGUUACAUAUCACACAUCAUAUCUCAAUCUGUGUUUACAUUAAAUGACCUUUUUAUGUUUUCAGUCUUUUUUUAUGUAAAAACUGAACAAAUUGACAGAAUUACAUUCUUGGGAAUUGUGUUUUGAAGUAUUUUAUGUGACAAAUACAUAAACGGAUCAUAUUUUUGUGUGCUUAACUGAAAAUAAAGAUGUGGUGCCAAAAUUGAA